AUGGAUUGGGGUUUUGUACAUAAAGCUUGGGACAAGUGGGCUUCUCCCAAUAUCGGCUCUGAUAAGCCAUUAAAAGCAGCUAUAUUGAUCAACUAUGACCCAACUGGUCCGUCUCGCUUGUUGUCUACUAUCGCAGAAGAAGAAGGGAUAAAAGUGAAUCCCAUCGAAUUGAGUCAAUUCAUUGAUUUCAUCAAAUGUGACAAGCUCCAGACUGAGAGCUUCAUUAUUGGACCAAACCAAUAUAUAGUCACAUCAAUUCAUGAGAAUUGGUUCUGUGCAAGGUGCAUGAACACAUCAAAAUCUACUGGUGAAGGCGCUAUCGUUAUGCAUACAGCAGCAUUUCUCUUGGUUGCAUUGUACGAUGGUUCUAUUGGCUCAGCAUCUCGUGCUAUGGUGGCUGUUGAUCAGUUUGCGUGGCAAUUAACUCGAAAGAAUCUGGCAGUAGUGAUAAGCUGCUGUCCAGCGGCUAAAACAGUGCCAAACCACACAGUAGAAACGGAAUCCCAGCGAUAA